UCUGGCUGCUUGUUUCAGUGCUCGUCCGUCUUACACAAGACAAACAACCAAACGCCUUGGCGCUCCUGACUUUGACUUGUUGAUGGUUGUACACAGUCGAUCGUUCCUGUUAUAGUUGGGUGCCAUGUCUUUCAAAAAGCUUCCGAGCAACAGCCGGAACUGAAACGCUCGAUCCGGUCGCUAACUGGCUGGACUUUCAUUUCAUCUGGUGAUUCAGAAAAUCAAUCGAAAAGAUAUAAUCAAAGCGAAAAUGCGUCCGAGUGCGAGGAAACAAUUAUUGGUGAUUCUGAUCGUCCAGUGCUCCUGGUUUCUGGCUCGUAUCGAGAGCGGCCGGGUGGGACAUGCCAUGACGGAAGACGAGAAGCAAUCGGCCUUCGAGCAGUUGUUGGGCAAGGCUAGCCGAUUACGGAUGGCCGGAUCAUCUCAGACCUUAUUCGAAGCGACGACGAUCCAGCCGCCGACCAUCGCUACAAUGUCGACUGCCAUGCCGAUCAUGUUGAGUGAUGAAGAGGCCAAAAGGCACGAUCGGCGGCACGCCGUCCACCAGCCAAAGAAACACAACAAAAAGGAUCAUUCCAAACGUCAGCAUCACGCUGGACGGCAUGUUUGCACGCACGAGGAGACGAUUACGCGGCCAAUCAGAGUGGUGGAAUCUUACUGCAAACCGGCCUACAAAUCCUUCACCCAGCGCUGCAGCAACGGAACCAUGUGCACGGCCUUCAGGGUGCAGUACGACACGAUCUACCGAACGGUGGUCAAGUACCAGACCACCACGGAGAAGAAACACGCCUGCUGUCCCGGAUGGACCCACACGGAGAAACACACCCACGGAUGUUUGCAAGGUCUCAAUCAGCUUUUUCUAAAUUCUUCUUCCAAUUCCAUCCAUCAGGACACUUUUUUCUUUUUUUUUCUGCGAAACGUAUACAUAGCUGUGUGCAGUAAAGGCUGCAAGAAUGGCGGCACUUGCGUCAAACCCAACACUUGCAACUGCGCUCCGGGAUACACUGGCCCGUCUUGCGAGUCAGAUCUGGACGAAUGCGCAGCGCCGAGCAGCAACCUUUGCCAGCAAACUUGUAUCAACUCAGCCGGAAGUUAUCAAUGUGCCUGUCACGACGGCUUCCAACUCCAGGACGACGGGAGAUCUUGCAAAUUUCGACUGGAACUGGUUCCAGAGCUUCAGACACUUCUGAUAAACUACGAGUCCAUGUCUAAACGAUUGGCCGCACUGGAACAGGAGCCCCGAGUUAAUAGUAGUCCAAGUCAACCACACCCUGCACCACAGGUGGACGUCAUUGACUAUCAGUCAACCAUUGCCAACAUGACGAAUCACAUCAUCUUAUUAGAAGAAAAGCUGAAUAAACUGCAAAAUGAAACGACCAUCUUAAUUGCAAACAGCAACAACACCGUUGAAUCCUCAAACAAUGAAUCUUUGGAAUCUUUGAGCGAACAAGUGGCCAUCCUAGAGGAAAGACUGGCAGAUUGUACGUGCACAAUGGCACCUGUCGAUAACACAGUCAAGACGCGCCUUUAGCCGGAACAUUGCGCCGUCCAACCCUUCCAGCUAUCUUGCCACCGAGCGGAUCGUCACUUCCUUAAAAGUCCAAUACAUCAAAAGAAAACGAUUCGAAUCAACCAAACUUCCAUCUUAUUAUUUCGCACCAUCACAUCAAGCCACUGACUGCCACGUGAAGUGCCUGUUAUUUUUUUCUCUUUUUUUUUAAUAUCUGGAAUUUAACUGGAAAAUAUACAGUAUAGACGCUAAUUCAUCGGA